AACGUGAGAAUCUUAUGAGGUCCUCCAGUAACAGGGCCUAUGCCACCACCGGACUCCUUACCGUUAGCGUUUGAUGUACAGUAAAUGCAUUUCUGUUCUCAGAAUAGGCCGGUGGCUAAAUGCUUCUUUCGUUCGCAUUUUUAGCAGACGCGCUGAACGGGGGCUCGGGGUGGAAGGUCAGGCUUUGUCGAGGAGAUUGAAGCGAAAAUAAACCAAUGUGUGUGUUGCUGGGCCGCACUGCCAGAGCUUCAGUGGAUUAGCCACGAAGUUGAGAAUGGAGUUCCUGCGAGGUUCGGGCUGUCUGAAGCGAGGCGACCGGACAAUCACACAUCAGAACGCCAUAGGAGCUUCGUGGGCGCUUCAGAAUAUAUGGGCGUGUAUGUAUGUGUAAAGCUUUAGUGUGUUUUGCUAGACAGAGUAGGCAUAAUUACCCCGGACGUAGUAACAAAUAAUGCUUUUAUGAAGAAUCUGAUAUGAAGAUAGCUAGUUAAAGGGUAGGUUAGCUAUUUGUAAACGACUCAACAAAGCAUAGUUUACACACCAGAUGCGUCUCGCUGUUACAGACCGAUGGGAUUUGAAUUUAACCAUGUGUAUCAUCUCAUGUUUACGAAAGGGGGUUGCUUUUGUUAGCUAGCUAGUUGUUUUCGUUUUUCCGCUUCACUGAUUGAUUAGCGACAAUGGAAAUCCGCAACGAUAUUAGCUAACAAGAGUAGCGGUCUUGCAGCUGAUGUUAGUAUACGUGUAGAUUUCGAGAGGCUUCUGGGAAAAAAAAAUAACAUUUUGCGUGUGCCAACACUUAGUUUAUUCGCGUCUAGAUGUUGCAAUUUUGUCUCGCUGAAUGUUAGGCCAAAUAGAUAGGUUACCGUUAACUAGCUUGCUCUCGAAUAUCAAAUUAGGCUACUAACACUUAGCAAGUUACCCUACCUAUAUUUUUGUGUAUCAAAUCCAUGUUUUGUCUAUAACCGAAGUGUUUUCGGUGCUGGAUCGCCGAUUCAGUCAGUUUACUGUCUAUUACUCUGCAGAAAAUAUUUAUGAAGAGAGCUAUUUGAUUUUGUGGGGGCGUUGUGUGUGGUGUGCAGAGGUACGGUAAACUUAGCCUGGUGUUUAAAAUUAGCCUGGUGGGAGACAGGGGGACAGGGCGGACACACACAUCGCCGGAUAUGAAAACAGUAAUUAUGAAAACGCUAUUGUACUUGGGUCUCUGGUGUUGGGUGCUCGGACGUGGGACACGGGCAAUGUCAGUGGAGGAGAAGACCAAAACCAGGGACCAGAUCCUGGAGAUGUUUGACCAUGCUUACGGUAGCUACAUGAAAUAUGCCUACCCUGCCGAUGAGCUGAUGCCCCUGAGCUGCCGAGGGCGAGUGCGGGGGCAGGAGCCCAAUCGCGGGGACAUCGACGACUCGCUGGGGAAGUUCUCUCUUACGCUGAUUGACACCUUGGACACCCUAGUGGUCUUAAACAAGCUCGAGGAGUUUGAGGAGGCUGUGAGGAAGACUGUGAGGGACGUCAAGCUGGACAAUGACGUGGUGGUGUCUGUUUUUGAGACCAACAUCCGUGUGCUGGGUGGCCUGCUGGGGGCACAUGUGAUGGCAGACCUGCUCCGUGAGCGGGGUGAGAGGAUGCAGUGGUACCGUGAUGAGCUGCUCCACAUGGCCAGGGACCUGGGCCAUCGGCUGCUGCCUGCCUUCAACACCACCAGUGGCCUGCCUUACCCCCGGGUGAACCUGCGCUACGGGGUCCUCAACCCCCUCUCCCGCACAGGCACCGAGUCGGACACCUGCACGGCCUGCGCAGGGACCAUGAUCCUGGAGUUUGCGGCGCUCAGCCGGCUGUCCGGAGAAUCCGUGUUUGAGGAACACGCCAGGAAAGCUCUGGACGUGCUGUGGGAGAAGCGGCAGAGAGGAAGUGACCUCGUGGGCACUGUCAUCAACAUCCAUAGUGGAGACUGGGUCCGCAGGGAUAGCGGUGUUGGUGCUGGCAUUGACUCCUACUACGAGUACUUGAUGAAGGCCUAUAUUCUGCUGGGAGACAGCGUGUAUCUGGAGAGGUUCAACACUCACUACAGUGCCAUUAUGAAAUACAUCAGUCAGCCCCCACUCCUGCUCAGCGUCCACAUGCACAACCCAACCGUCAGCGUGCGCAGCUGGAUGGACUCACUUCUGGCGUUUUUUCCUGGACUGCAGGUGCUGAGAGGUGACCUGAAACCAGCCAUUGAAACUCAUGAGAUGCUUUACCAGGUCACAAAGCAGCACAAGUUUCUUCCUGAGGCUUUCACCACUGAGUUCAGGGUUCACUGGGGUCAGCACCCGCUACGGCCUGAAUUUGCGGAAAGCACCUACUUCUUGUACAAGGCCACAGGUGACCCCUAUUACCUGAAGGUGGGCCAGUCCAUCGUGGAGAAGCUGAACGAGCACGCACGGGUGCCUUGCGGCUUUGCUGCCGUACAGGACGUCCGAACCGGGACCCACGAAGACAGAAUGGACUCCUUCUUCCUGGCGGAGAUGUUUAAGUACCUGUAUCUGCUCUUCUCUGAGAAGAGCCACCUGCCGUUUGACAUUGAUGACUACAUCUUCACCACUGAAGCCCACCUGCUGCCUGUCUCCCUCUCCACCACCCAGCCUUCCUGCCAGGGGAACAGCACGGAGGUCCACACUGCCCCAGAGGACGAUCUGUUCACUUAUUCCUGCCCCAGUGCCCAGACCCUCUUCCCCAACAACCCCUCCUUUGCCAAGACCAUCCGAGACAGCUACAAAUACCUCACUGGAGUGGGCAGGCCCCACCAGGUGUCCCCUGUCAGGGGGAUUGAGCUGCCACUGCAUGAUAACGGAAUGGAGCCAGUGGAGUUUCUGAAGAGCAUGGGCAUCUCCCUCACCCCACUCAAUGAAGCUGCAGGAGGGGCAGGAUCAGGGGAGCAGCAGGACUCCACGGGUCAGAAGGGCGUGUACCGGGUGAAGCUAAUCGCCGAAGUGAGCCAGACCCCCGAGGAAGAGGAGGUGGUCCCCCUUGUUGUCCAGGUCAUCUCCCCCCCUUUCCUGGGCAGAGUAGUACUGACUGCAGGGCCUGCCAAGUUUGGAAUGGACCUUACCAAACAAGAGCAUGGGGUGAAGGGUCGCAUAGUGAAGAGCGCCCCCUACAGUGCGUGUGGACCCAUAGAGAACGCCGCGGCGCUGCGGGGCCACAUCGCGCUGGCACUGAGGGGGGACUGCAUGUUUGCAGCCAAGGCCCGACGGCUUCAGGAGGCGGGGGUCAUUGGCGUCAUCUUCAUCGAUCACAGAGAGGGGAGCAGCAGUGAGGAGACCCCCCUGUUCCAGAUGGUGGGGGAUGGCGGCUCCACCUCUGACAUCACUGUGCCCCUGGUGUUCCUGUUCAGCCGUGAGGGUGCCACACUGACCGCUGCUCUGGAGGAGCAUCAAAAUGUCGACGUACUGCUGCUGCCUAAAGAGAGAGAGCUAGGGCAAGACAAGGCAGAGAAAGCUAUGGGAGUGAACAUCCAGAUCCGCCUGGCUAAAGAGGGAGAGCUGCAGGAUGGGGAAGGCAAGAGCACCACCAUCCAGCUCGUGCUAGAGCCAGGCGAGGAAGAGGAAGAGGAGGAAGAGGGCCGGAGGACGGGUGGGGAGGGAGGAGCGCUUGCUGGCCACUGCACACCCACGGUGGGUGGGGAUCAGGACCCUCCGCACCCAUGUACAGACAGACAGACCGAGACAACCAAUGAGCAGCCUCCUCCCCCUGGCCCCUCCCCCUCAGAUCCAGAGAGCGACCCCUGAGGUCAGGAUCAACCAUUACCCACAAUCCCCCAGCAAACGGGCAUUCGUUCCCCAGCCCAGGGGCGGGGCAGUGUCGAGAGGCACAGAGGGUUGUAGAGUCCCUGUUGCCACGGGGACGGGGCAGGACAGAUUGUGAUGGUUCUUUCUCAAGAGGGAGCAAAAGGCACAGAUGUGGAACUUGUCAAGUGCUCAGUCGUACCCCAGCAGAGGUGUUGUGUAGUCAUAGCGAUUAAAACCAUGUAUUAAUAUAUUAGAAAGAGAAAUGAGGGGUCCUGCUGUAUAAGCACAUUGUCUUAACUGCCACUGUAGGCCCCCUUAUUGAUAUAUUCUGAUGGUAGUUUAGCCAAAUUAUUGCAAAAGAUGCCUGUUCUCAUACUAAGCAAGCAUUACUUAAGGCAUGGGCAUGGAUGAGGUAGAGGAAGGGGUUUUGGGGAGGGGCGGGGGGUACUAUUACAAAGAUUAAGUACAGAAAUUUUUUUGGAUGGGUUGGGGGGGGUGUGUUGUUUCAUGUUUCUCUUUAAAAUGUGAGUGGCAGUUGGGCUUUAUGGAUUAGAUCACACUUUCUGAAGCUACAUCACCCAAAGGGAUGUGGUUAUUGCACCAGCAGAUUGUGUUGCAGGUAAGAACAGGCAGAGGCACUCUUACGUAUUCAUAAGGAUGAAGUGACUAAACCUUUUUAAUGGAAAAUUAUGUGAGGACAAACAAGGCCUCCGGACCAGACUGAAGCAGCACAGGAGCCACGUCAGCAGUGUUUAGUUUGUGUUAUUAAUGAACAGGAUGUCAAGACAUGCUGGGGCCAACAUGAUGAACCAUGCGUUCAGUUCUACUUAUUGAGUAUCAGUGAUCAGGGAAAUUUAGAGGUGAAGACUUGAAUGUGGGGCACUUGAGUCUUAAGUCUUACUUUCCAUUACACUACAAACGGCGCUGUUGUCCGUACCCGCGCACCACAGCUGAACUAAAUCGGCAUACAAUGUUACCUUUUUUUUUUUUUGCUCAGUGUAACUUGCAGCACUUCCUAAAGCAGUGUGUAAUGUGGAACCUGCUGAAGGGCACUGCAGCAGAACCCCACCAAGGGUAUGAAUCUACAGCCCUCAGGUUGUGAGUCCACCUUUGCCAUACUGGCACCCGUGUGCAUUUCAGUAGCACUGGGAUACUAACUUUUGGGUCUGGUUCUAUGUCUACAGCAGAGCCGCAUCCAAUAUGGCGGCCGCUGUAGUGUCAGAGCUCUGCCUCAUGUGUCACUGACUCAUGGACACCUGUGCUUGCAGGCCUGAGGCCCCAUGCAGAUGAUGGGAAGCACCCCCAUUGUGCCUGUGUGCACACCCCAGCCAAUAUGAAAAUGUGUGCAAAUGUUGGGGAAAUUGUUUGACACUACUGUAAUUCACAUAGCUGGGGCUCCGUAGCGCAAUGGGAGCAAAAAGGGUAGAAUGCAAAGACCAUUUUUGCCCAUAUCUAGCGGACACCCCCACCACACACAAACACACACACACACACACACACACAGGGCUGGAGGCCCCCUACAGCUGCCCCAGUUGAUAGACCCGCUGAUGAUGGUGUGGGGUGGGUGGGGGUGCACAGUGGUCCAUGUUUCCAGGAACAGAAGGUGAGCUGAUGCUUGGUUUGGCUGCAUUGUGGAACAGCCUUCAAUUACUGACCAUAUCUGUGGGGACAUGUACAAACACAGAAGGUACUUCUGGGCAUUUUCUUUCAUAAAGGCAGUCCCACUUUACCUGAGGUGGCCCUCUUACCGUAGUAUUUACACAGUAUCUACCUGUACAUGGGUAUAACUGCACACCGACAUGGUAACUACUGCUUACAUACACGUUGUGGUUGUUAUGCAAAUGUAUUCUACAAGCCAUAAACAUUUGUAUGUACCUUGUAACUGUUUGUAUGCAUGCAGUAGUUAUGUUGUACCUAAAUAUGGGCUGUGUAAAUGCACAAGUAUAAGGGCCACUUAAUGCAGAGGGACCUUUUUUCAUUUUCAGCCUGAGGUUAACCUUGCUUUGAUAAAUGACAAACGGUUUCUGUAAUUUAUUUAUGAUCAGUGUGAUUGUUGUUAGUCACCAGAUGGACACAGAUAUUAUUCAUUCCUGUUUCUGAAUUGUCCUGAAUUUUCAAUCAG